AAUAUCACACAAAAUGCCAUAUUUAUCUCCAUCAUGUAGCUGUGCUACAGAUGCACUGCAACAGGCUAACAGAGCUGAUGAAAAUUUAAAUGAAAUGUGUUGAUUUCCUCAGAAACUGGUGCCCAUGGAGAGAUCGUCAACAGUCCCACAGCCCAUCCAGAUGGUGCAACCCGGAGAGGAGAAGAUGGCAGGUGAGGCUGGGAGAGGGAAGACUCUGGAUGGGAAACUACACGUGGAAAAGGCAACCACAAAUGAGGUGGUGACUAACCAGAAGCUGAUGGCAGGAGAGGCACUGGGCAGGAGGAACUUGUGGGAACCCAGUGUGUAUUAUGCACUGGGACAGGAGUCCUUCUUCUUCGCUGGUCAUGACAUCAGCAUCCGGGAGUCUCUGGACAACUAUGGCGCUCUCGUCUGGCCUGGGGCAGUGGCUUUGUGCCAGUUCUUGGAAAAUAACCAGCAGCAGAUGAACCUGAUGGACAAAGCAGUACUCGAGAUUGGAGCUGGGACCGGCCUGCUGUCUAUUGUGGCCACUCUGCUUGGUGCUUGGGUGACGGCCACCGACCUGCCCGACAUUCUGUCUAAUCUGACCUUUAACCUUUUGCGGAACACCAAGGGCCGCUGCCGCUACAAACCUCAGGUGGUGAGCCUCACGUGGGGCCAGCACCUGGAACGAGACUUCCCCUGCACCUCCUGUCACUACGACUACGUGCUGGCGGCAGACGUGGUCUAUCACCACGACUACCUGGAGGACCUGCUGGCCACUAUGCGUCACUUCUGCCGGCCAGGAAGCAGGACGACGCUGCUGUGGGCCAACAAGGUGCGGUUCCAGUCUGACCUGAGGUUCACCGAGACCUUCAAGAGCAGCUUUAAGAGCACGCUCGUGUGUGAGCUGCCGCAGGAGGAGGUGAGGAUAUACAAGGCCACAGCAAGAGAGUGACCAAGAGAAAAAAGCAGAGGUGUGAGCAGUGAUGGAAAAACAAAAGACUGAAAGGGUGAAUCGAUGUUUGUUUGGCAGAUGCUAGAGAGAAGUGUCCUGAAAAGUAAAAGCGCAAAAAAAAAAAAAAAAAAAAAAAAAAUUACAAUAUAAAUAAGUUUCAAGAAAGAAGAAUCAACAGUCCAGGUUUGAUUUGUGCUUAAUUGACAUUCCUGAGCAGCGCUAUAACCUUUGUGUAGUAGAAAAAAGAAAAGAAGUUCUAGACUCAAAUUACCAUUUCAAAAAGCUAUUUUAUUUGCCAUUUUGUUUUUCAUACAUUUAAUUUUUGUGACCUUAUUCAGCUUUUUUAUUUUUUUGAAAUAAAUUGCUUUGCUUUAAAACUGUGGAAAACAUUUCUCCUACUCUCACGUUUGUCUUGUAUCAGCUAACCUACAUUUAGCUUUAUCAAAGCUACUCUCAAAGAGUAGAUUACAAACCGUAAAAUAAACACUUAAGAAAAU